AUGUGGAUCUAUACGCCUCUGCUUGUCCUGCUACUCUCAAAGGCAGCUCUCCUGGAGGCAACUUUUAUAUGGGGGCUCCCAUGGCAUCAACGCAUUGUGAAUGGCCGACCAAUUGACAUUGCAACUGCGCCCUGGCAGGUGGCUUUGUUGAAUAAUAGCGAACAUUUUUGUGGUGGCUCGAUCGUCCGUAAAGAUAUUAUCAUAACAGCUGCGGAGUGCUUGAGGGACAGACUGUCCAUUGCACACUUGACAGUGCGAGCUGGUUCCACGAAAUGGAACUCUGGAGGGCAGCUCGCGAAGGUGGAUGAUUACAGGAUCCACGAGCUCUACGGCAGCGAGACCCAUGAAAAUGACAUUGCCGUUUUGAAGUUGGUUCGACCGCUUCGGCUUGGACCCUCGGUUCAAACAAUUCCGUUGGCAAAAGAAAGUCCUGAGCACGAAGCCGAUGCUUAUGUUUCUGGCUGGGGUGUUCGCAAAGUGAGAAGGGAAUGUGUUCGCCCAACUGAAUUGCAUGGGGUAAGCCUAAAAAUCGUUGAUCGCAAGAACUGCGCUCUCUCCAAAUAUUCAUUGAUUGGUUGGGAAAUCACCGCGGACAUGAUCUGCGCCACCGAUCAGGGCAAGGACGCAUGCGGUAAUGACCUUGGCGGACCUCUGGUAUCUAAUGCUCAACUUGUGGGCGUUGUUUCUUGGGCUGAGGGAUGCGCCAAGCCCGGAUAUCCGGGAGUUUAUGCCAAUGUUGCAUAUUUUAAUAAAUGGCUACAGACGGCGAUUGCAGAGCUCGAAAAUAACUAUACAACUGAGCAACUACCUGUCUAA